GGACCAUAGGAAGCAAUCGCAUGAACAAUUCCAUUCAAUUGGAUUCACAACUCUGCUUUUGAAACAAAACGCCAAAACCCUAGCCAAGUGUGUGGCUCAUAACCCCUCUCUCGAUCCCCAAUUUCCCUCACCCACAUUUCGCCUCCAUUUCACAUCCAAAUAUCAAGCAAAGAGGCACUGAGAGGGAGAAGGAGUUGGAACCGUACCUGUUAGCUGAGGAAGAAGAAGAAGCGGAAGAAGCUGUUUCCAUGGCGGCGACUUCGAUUUCUGCGACUGGAUUGUGCUGUUCGUCUUCUUUCAUUGGAGGAUGGGGGUCUUCAGUGGCCGGCGAGGAUUACGCGCUGCUGGCGGCGAGGCCGGCCGCGGUGCAAGUGGGAGGGGGGAAGGCGGUCAGGUUCCGGCCGAUGAUGAAGAACGUGAAUGAAGGGAAAGGGGUUUUCGCGCCGUUGGUUGUGGUUACUCGGAAUAUCAUCGGCAAGAAGCGCUUCAAUCAGCUUAGGGGCAAAGCAAUUGCCUUACAUUCACAGGUAAUCACAGAGUUUUGCAAAUCAAUUGGAGCUGAUGGAAAACAAAGACAAGGGCUAAUCAGGCUGGCCAAGAAGAAUGGAGAAAGACUUGGAUUCCUUGCCUGAGAUCUUCUUCGUCUUCUUCUUAUGCCCUUCUCCUGUUUUCUAUUCCAUUCAGUUCAUCAGCUGUAAUAUCAUCUAUACUCAAAACACUCACUCUUUUAGUACUCGCAGGAAAUGCUUCAUUUUUCAAAA